CAACCACCUGCCCGCGGAGACAUGGCAAUGUAUCCAGCCACCUCCAGGGCACAAGGGAUGGAGACAGACAAGCAAGAAGGAUAAGACCCCAGACCACAACAAUGUAAAAGACUCAAGAAAUGUGAGUCGCUAAGCAUCAAGAUGACUCUCCUAGGAGAAAACUCAGACUAUGACUACAGCGCUCUAAGUUGUGCUUCUGAUACCUCAUUCAACCACAAUUUUUUUGGAGAGUCUGAAACCCUCAAGGGUAUCUUCUACAAAAGGGCCAAGCUUAUCCAGCCAACUGAGGACCUCUUCAAGAGCGCUCACCCAGAUGACCGCAAACACCAUGCCAUCAUAAAUGUUGGAGGCUUUAGGUACCUCUUACCUUGGACCACCCUGGAGGAAUUUCCUUUAACGCGCCUUGGACAGCUUAAGCUCUGCAGUAACUUUGAUGAGAUCUUAAGCAUCUGUGACGAUUACGAUGUAACAUGCAAUGAGUUUUUCUUCGACCGGAACCCUGGAGCCUUCAGAACUAUUCUGACCUUCCUGCAGGUAGGAAAGCUAAGGCUGUUGCGUGAGAUGUGCGCUCUCUCUUUCCAAGAGGAGCUUCUUUAUUGGGGUAUAGAGGAGGAUAACCUGGAAUGGUGCUGCAAAAGAAGAUACAUUCAAAAGAUGGAAGAGUUUGCUGAGCUGAACCUACGGGAAGAGGAGCUGAUUGAAAAUGAAAAUGCAUCUGAACCUGAAGAUGAAAGCAAAUUGGACAUUUGCAUGCGUCACUUAGGCGAUAUGGUGGAAAAGCCUCAGUCUGGGCUCCCUGGAAAAAUCUUUGCUUGCUUGUCUGUGUUAUUUGUGACCAUCACCGCAGUGAAUCUGUCCAUCAGCACCAUGCCAGACCUGAGAGAGGAGGAGGAAAAGGGAGUUUGCUCAAAAAUGUGCUACAACAUUUUCAUUGUGGAAUCUGUCUGUGUAGGUUGGUUUUCCUUGGAAUUCUUACUGCGAUUUAUCCAGGCUCCCAGCAAGUUUGCCUUUAUUAGGAGGCCCCUGAACCUUAUUGACAUUGUGGCCAUUUUGCCCUACUACAUAACUCUGGUCGUUGACAACACCUCAGAUGGACAAAAGAAGCCCGGUUCAGGAAACAGCUACCUGGACAAAGUUGGCCUCGUGCUACGCAUACUCCGUGCCUUGAGAAUCCUAUAUGUGAUGCGCCUCGCCAGGCAUUCCUUAGGGCUGCAAACACUGGGUCUAACAGCCAGACGCUGUACGCGGGAAUUUGGGUUACUGCUCCUCUUCCUCUGUGUGGCCAUUGCUCUGUUUGCUCCUCUGCUCUACUUGAUAGAGAACGAGAUGGCAGACUCCCAGGAAUUCACCAGUAUCCCCGCUUGCUACUGGUGGGCUGUCAUCACAAUGACAACAGUGGGUUAUGGAGACAUGGUGCCCAGGAGUAUUCCGGGACAGGUGGUUGCUUUAAGCAGUAUUCUGAGUGGCAUCCUACUCAUGGCGUUUCCAGUGACUUCAAUAUUUCACACUUUCUCGCGCUCGUACAUUGAGCUGAAGCAGGAACAGGAGCGGCUGAUGUGCAGGAAGGCACAGCUACUUAUGAAGACCAAGUCCCAGAUGAGCAGCAUCUCCCAAGGAAGUGAUAUGCUGUCUGAGAGUGCAUCUUCAGGGGCCAAAGCCAAUAACUGACUGGGACUGCCCAGGGGCUCACAGUUUUUACAGUAGAAAAAGUCUAGACUUACUAUGUUAUUGUUACUGGAUAGAAACUUAUUUUUUGCUCUAUAUUAAUACUGAGUACCACUACACACUUUCAACUCUCUACUGCAAACAAAUCAAAUAUCUUUUCAUAAAAAUGUUGUUGGUUUCUUUGGUUAUCUGUUAAAUUGUUCUUAUUGCAGGGGAAAAUCUAUGAUGCUUUUAUGGUAUCCCUCAAAAUUAGUAAUUAAUUAGAAACGUAGUUCCAGCUAAAUUGUGCUUAGUACAGGGGAAUCCCUAUGCUGCCAUAGUUUUAUGGUAUCUCUCUGUACAGGCUAUGAGCAAACUUAGGGGGCUGUUCCUGCUGAAUUGUGCUUAGUACAGGGAAAUACCUAUGCUGCCAUAGUUUUAUGGUAUCUCUCUGUACAGGCUAUGAGCAGACUUAGGGGGCUGUUCCUGCUGAAUUGUGCUUAGUACAGGGGAAUCCCUAUGCUGCCAUAGUUUUAUGGUAUCUCUCUGUACAGGCUAUGAGCAAACUUAGGGGGCUGUUCCUACUGAAUUGUGCUUAGUACAGGUGAAUACCUAUGUUGCCAUGGUUUAAUGGUAUCUCUCUGAACAGGCUAUGAGCAAACUUAGGGGGCUGUUCCUGCUGAAGUCGGCUUAGUACAGGGGAAUCCCUAUGCUGCCAUAGUUUUAUGGUAUCUCUCUGUACAGGCUAUGAGCAAACUUAGGGGGCUGUUCCUGCUGAUUUGUGUUUAGUACAGGGGAAUAACUAUGAUGCCAAACUAGAGCUGUUCCUGGUUAACUGUGUAUAGUAAACUAGAUAAAUCCUCUUGUAAGCAAUUCAUUUUUAUUAUCAAGCACAGGACUAUAGUGUUUUCAUUGGCAUGAUCUUAUCUCACCCCUAAGGUACACAAUCCUGCAUUCUGGACUUCUUUCCCAGCGGGAAGCAACUACUUGUAACCAAAUUGCCUAUGUAAAGUAACCCUUAGUAAAUUGUAUAUAGACUCAGAAAACAGAUCUUCCAAUUUUGUCACCAAUCACUGAGCUGGAAGACCAUCCAUCUGCUGCUUGAGUUGUUUGAAUGAUGAUAUGGCUGCACUAGAGUUGACAGGAAACCUGGUUAGACACCAUCUUUAUGUGUAAGGGGUCACUGACCAUCUAAGAUCAGUAGGUAACAUGGAAUUUUCUGCAUCAGCCAUAAUCAGUUGCAUUGUAGGCACGCAAAGAGCUGGACAGCCAAAAAAUCUGUGUGCCCAAACACAACCAUGAGUUUGCUUCAUACAAAAAGGCAUUUAUAUCCCUUAUAAUAUAGGCAAAAUGUAAAACCCAUAACAUUUUCUUAUAUAUAGUUAUAUACAUAUAUGUAUGUAUAUAUGUAUGUAUAUAUAUAUAUUUUUUUUCUUAUACAGUGUUGAGACAUUUCCAAAUCAAACACAGUGGUACAAUGCAAAACGUACAAGCGUGCCUAAAUGUGAGAUAAAAAA